AGCGAGCAAACACUCGGCGGCGGGGCGCGGCGGUGGAACCCGAUAAGCGCCGUGAAAACGAGCCAGCGACCAGGUGAAGUGCACUGUGCCAGUGUCGACCCCGCGUAGACGACGAACGCUCUGCCCACGUCGCAACAAUGGCGGCUACGGAGGGCGUGUCAGCGGCGUUAGACCGCUUCAGCCGCGCUUUCUUUUGCGAUGUGGCGGAGGCGAACGAAGGCAACAUCAUCUUGUCGCCGUUCAGCGUGGGUACCGCAUUGGCCAUGACGCUGGCGGGAGCGGCCGGCGACACCGCGAAGCAGAUGCGGAAGACGCUGGGCCACGCGGAGGACGCCGAGGACGUCCACAGCGGCUACCAGAGCCUGCUGACGUCGCUGGAGAACGUGCCGGACGCGGCGCUGAACACCGCCAACCGGCUGUACCUGCAGAAGUCCUUCAAGGUGCAGGACAGCUUCGCGACGACGCUGAAGGAGCGCUACCGGAGUGAGGCGCUGAGCGUGGACUUCGCCGACACCACUGGCACCAGCCGCGUCAUCAAUGAGGAAGUGGCCCGCCUGACACGGGGCAAGAUCCAGGACCUGGUGCCGGCUAGCUCGCUGUCCGCCGCCAUCCGCCUCGUCCUCGUCAACGCCGUGCACUUCAAGGCCGGCUGGCAGCACAAGUUCAACAAGGAGUGGACGGAGGAGGGCGACUUCUUUGCGCCCGGAGAGACCCUGCGCGUGAAGCUGAUGACCCUCGACGGCAAGAUGCUGCAGGGCAGCAACGACUGCGGCGGCCUCGGCUGCCAGGCCGUGGAGCUGCCGUUUGUCGGCUACCGGUUCAGUAUGCUACUGUUGCUGCCGCGCGAGAAGGAGGGCCUGCCUGCGCUGGAGGCGCGUCUGGCGAAGACCGACUUCGCCGCACUUCGCGCUUCGCUGCACAGCCUCCGCUCUCGCGUCGUGCUGCCGCGCUUCCGUCUGGAGACGGGCAUGGAGCUGCGCGGGGCGCUCGAGCGCCUCGGCAUGAGCGACGCCUUCGACGGCAAGCGAGCCGACCUGUCCGGUAUCGCCGGUGCGCGCGACCUGGUCGUCGACAGCGUGCUGCAUCGCGCCUGUAUCGCCGUCGAUGAGGAGGGCUGCGAGGCGGCGGCGGCCACGGCCGUCAUGGUCGGCGUCAUGGCCAUUCUCGCGCCGGAGCUGCUCGACUUCCGCGCCGACCAUCCGUUCUUGGCGGCGGUUGUCGACCGUGAGACGGGCGUGCCUUUGUUCCUCGGCCGUGUGGCCCGUCCGUGAGGCAUGAGGAAGGUGCUGGGAGGGCGAGGGUGGAUCCCAGACGCCGCCUUGGGGAGCACGUCGGCUUGGGUUGAAAUCCCAAAAGUCUUCUUGCCUUCGAAAUUCAUCGGCUUUCGGUCCAAUUUUUCCUCGGGGAGUGUUCUAGGAAAAUGCAUCUAGUAAACGAGGCUCAAAUUUUCUUCAACACUGCCAUUUCGCGCCUAACUUUGAUCAUUUUGGGGGCAUGACCCAGUUGCCCCCUACCUCCCGGAUUCGCCCUUGUGGGAUGGCACCGUGGCGUGACCUUGGUAUGGAAAAUGUAAGGGCGGUUUGCCGGUAAGGUGUGCGUACCAUUGCAUAGUAACUUCUAAACAUAUUUCCGUCACUCAGGUUCUUUUAAAGCUGUAAGUGGUGCUAGUUCUUUUGAAAAGCUCUGUGUAAAUGGCGUUAUUUAUCUGUGAAACACGCUAUCCGUUUUCAGUUAACGCCUGUGUAGACUUUAGUGGCAUUUAUCAAUGGUGAUGCAUGUUUGUGUUACUGUUCUUCUUUGUCUGUGGACUGUUGAAAAAACGUAUGUGGUAUUUUAUCGUUUGGAAGUCUUAGACACUGUAUAACGUGCAUGGUCUUAACGAAGUUCGCAACCGAGCUGGCGUCUAAAAUGAAUGCAGUCUGUAACAACAUUGUAAGUUUCACUCAGCCCAUUAAAAAAUACAAACAAAUCGGACAAAGCGUUCCUUAAAAACUCGG